AUGCCAAUAUACCGUGUUGUAUUUUGGACAGACUCUGUUAUCGUUAUCGGAUAUAUUCGAAAUGUAUCCAAGCGUUUUCAUACAUUUGUAGCUAACAGGCUACAAAUAAUCCACGAUGCAUCUUCUCCAKAACAAUGGCGUCAUGURCCGACGGAAUGCAACCCUGCUGAUCUCUYUUYAAGAGGCAUUAAAGUCAACGACGAAAAGGAGAUGUGCAAAUGGUUCAAUGGUCCAGAGUUWUUACAAAGGGAAGACGAUUACUGGCCGUCAUCACCAGACAACAAGCAAGAGAUAGGAGACGACGAUGCUGAAGUAAAGGGAAGCAAAGCACAAAUGUACGCUCAAGUCAAAGCAAAUGUUGAUGUCAAGAAUGUUACCACUUCCUUAGAUGAGCUUUUGCAUCGUUGGUCAAGUUGGUACCGACUAUGUAAAAUGGUUGCAUUGCUCCUACGCUAUAAGCGAUAUCUGAUGUGGCACUUCAACAAGACAAAAAAUYYCGCAGUAUCUUCAGAACCAUUAACAGUGAAUGAAAUGUCAGAAGCAGAAGUUGAGGUGAUCAAGCUAGUACAGAGAGAGGSCUUUCCAUCAGCGCCAACCAAGAUGMGUACUAAACAUGGAGCAAAGAUCGUACAUGAUCGUCUUCAGAACCUAAGCCCGAUUACAGAGAAUGGAGUCUUAAGAGUAGGUGGUCGUUUGACAAACGCUCCGCUAGACGAAACCCACAAGCACCAAGCUAUAUUACCAUCCAGUCAUUAUGUGACGAGUAUGAUUAUCAGACAUAACCACAAGCAUAAUGGCCAUACUGGUUGUAACCAAACGUUGGCGGCGAUACGGAAGAMGUUUUGGAUAAUAAAGGGACCAUCUACUGUCAGGCGAGUUUUGAACUCAUGUGUACCGUGCCGUCGUCAAAGUCAGCAAACCCCAACACAGAUAAUGGCACCGUUGCCGAAAGCGCGAGUGACCCCUGGUAGACCGCCAUUUACAUCAACCGGAGUAGAUUACUUCGGUCCAUCACAUAUCAAAUACAGACACGGGACUGCUAUGCGGUAUGGAUGUAUUUUUACCUGUUUGAGUGUCCGCGCUGUGCACAUAGAAGUUUCCUCCGAUUUGACRUCRAACUUAUUCAUCCAUGCAGUAUGUAYACUUGUUAGCAGACGAGGCGCACCUAUUGAACUGUGUAGUGACAACGGMAGCAACUUUCGAGGAGCGGAGUCGGAGAUCAAAGAAGCCCUGAAACAAUGGAAGCAAGAGAAGAUCCGCGAACAAUUGAGAGAGAAAGAAAUCUAA